GACUGUUUAAUAAGUUUAGCACAACCCACCAAAGAUGUCAGCAAGAUCCGGGAUCACUGCGUCUACCGAGUUAUUAGAUGCUUUCAAGAGUUUUGAUGUAAACGCUUUAGUUAUUAGGGUAUCGGAUGAUAGCACUACCUUGAUUCCAGACGAAGAAUUCCCCCAACCUUCAAGUUCAGAUAAAUUAGAGGUUUUAAAAGGUUUACAUGGCUAUUUUAAGGAGAAAUAUCCUCAACCGGGUUAUAUAAUAGUCCCAGAAGAUGAGGGAUCAUACGCUUUUAUUAGUUUUAUACCUGACACUGCACCAAUCCGUCAAAAAAUGCUUUAUGCUUCAACGAAGAAUACCUUGAUACAACAAUUAGGUUCAAAUCAAUUUAAGAAAUCUCAUUUGUUGGCUUGGACUGAGUUGGAUGAGUUAAAUUUGAAAAAUUAUGAAAAUAGCUCAAGCAUUCAACAGGAUGAUUCAAAUGCCCUUACCAGUGAAGAAAAAAUGAUGAAGGAAAUCAAUUCAUUACAAACAUUAUCUUUAGCAGAAUCUGGUCUUGCAAGUCAGGAUUCUUUUAAGAAGGAACUAGCAUCGAUGCACGGAGAAUCCGAGACUGCUGCUGGCAGUAGCAUUGGAGGUGCGUUAUUAUUUGAUGUUGAACCAUCUUUAAAGGAAGAAUUUGAAUCGUUACCAAAUUUCAAAAAUUCAGGUAAUUUGGUCACUUUCAACAUUGAUGUUCCAAAUGAAACUGUCAAGAAAACAUCCUCGAGUUCAAAUGUAGAAUUAAACUCUUUAGUUGACCAUUUGACUAAAGCGGUUGAUUCAUCAUCUCCUCAUCCCCAAUUUGCCAUUUAUAAUUACGAUUCAAAUAAAAUCGCUUUUAUUUACUCAUGCCCUUCUGGUUCCAAGGUAAAAGAUAGAAUGAUCUAUGCUUCAAAUAGACAAGGUUUGAUAAGCUUCAUAAAAUCUUUUGCUGAUGAAGGUGUUGUUGUCGACAAAGUCCUCGAAGUUGGGGACUUGGACGAAUUAGAAUUAAACGAUUUGAAACCUGAGGUUAAUCAACCACUGUCAACUAGUAGACAGAAUUUGAAAUUCAAUAAACCUAAAGGUCCUCGUCGUAGAUAAAAUUUCACUAACCUUUAUUAUAUAUAUAUAUAGGC